GAGUUUACUAUUAUGGCAUUACGCAAUAAAAAAAAGUCAGCUUGGGCUGAUCAACGGAAAGAGCUUUUGUAUGCGAUGGAUUGGAGUGAUUACAUGACAGCUAAAAAAGCCAAACUUGAAGAACAAUUUCAAGAAGCAGCUCAAUCUGAAUUCGCUGAACCAACCUCCAACAUUUUUAAUGGAAUAGCAAUUUUUGUUAAUGGAUAUACUAAUCCUACGGCAGAUGAAUUAAAACGUUUGAUGAUGGACCAUGGUGGAAUUUAUCAUCAUUAUUUGAGAUCUAAAACUACUACUCAUAUGAUUGCUUCAAAUUUACCUUACACAAAAAUAGUAUCUUACAGAAAAGCUCAAAAUCCUUUGCCACUUUGCAAACCUGAAUGGAUAACAGACAGUAUCAAGGCAGGAAAAUUACUUGAUUAUAGAAAAUAUCUUCUUUAUUCACAGUGUACAGAAUCUCAACCAUCACUUUUUCAAAUGGCAAAGCAAACUAAAGUUCAGGACCAUAUCACCAACAAUCCAAAAUCAUCUACUUCGACUUCUUACAAUACCAAAACAAAUUUAAAAGUAACAAACAUUCAUAACAAAAUGUCAGAUAAUGUAGAAAAGUCUUCAGAAGAGGUAAAUAGUACAAAAAAUCCUGAGUUUAUAACGGAAUUUUACAAUAACUCUCGUCUGCAUCAUAUUGCUACCAUGGGUGCAAUGUUUAAAGAUUACAUUAAUGAGUUAAGAGAUGCCAGUGAUGGAAAAUUUCCAGGCUUAGAAGCUUUGAAAAAACAAUCAAGUUGCAAUAAAAAUGAUAAAGUUAUUUUAUAUAAUACAUUAAAUAAUUCAGACUCUGAAGAAGAUCUUUUUGAUGAUUACAGUAAACCUAAAAUAAAAUCUAAAGUAUCAUUAUCUUCAAAUACAAUUACAACAAUAAUGCACAUAGAUAUGGAUUGUUUUUUUGUAUCAGUAGGUUUACGCAAACACCCAGAAUUAAAAGGAUUUCCAAUAGCUGUUGCCCAUGCUAAAGGGAAUAAGCAGGGUUCAUCCAAUGAUGAAAUUGAAUCUAUGUCAGAAGUAGCGUCAUGUUCAUAUGAAGCUAGAAAAGCUGGUAUCAAAAAUGGAAUGUUCUUAGGAAAAGCUUUAAAAUUAUGUCCAAAUUUGAAAACUAUUCGAUAUGAUUUUGAAGCCUAUAAAGAAGUUUCACAAAUUUUAUACAAUACAAUUGCGUCUUAUACUUUAGAUAUAGAAGCUGUAAGCUGUGAUGAAAUGUAUGUGGAUUGUAGUAAAAUUUUACAAGAAACAAAUUUAACACCAAUGGAAUUUGCAACUGUGAUAAGAAAUCAAAUAAAAGAAAAAACUGGUUGCACAGUUUCAACAGGUUUUGGAGAAAAUAAACUACAAGCAAGAAUCGCUACUAAAAAAGCUAAGCCUAAUGGCCAAUACUUUUUACAUGGAAAUGAAGUCAGAUCUGUUAUUCGAAACUUAAGUGUUAAAGAUUUACCAGGUGUGGGUUACUCAAUAAGUGAUAAACUUAGUCAAUUGAAUGUUAAAACUUGCGGAGAUUUAGAAGUAAUUCCUGUCCAUGUAUUACAAAAAGAGUUUGGAAAAAAAACUGGUCAACAAUUAUAUAACAUGUGUCGAGGAAUAGAUAACAGUAAAUUAAAUUUGGAACAUGUAAGAAAGUCUGUUUCUGCUGAGGUAAAUUAUGGUAUAAGAUUUAAAGAUACAAAUUCAGCUCAUACAUUUCUUAAAAAACUGAGUGAAGAAGUCAGUGAUAGAUUGAAGAAAAAUAAUUGCAAAGGAAAAUGUGUUACUUUAAAAGUAAUGUUCAAAUCAAAAGAGGCUCCAGAGCCAAGAAAAUUCAUGGGACAUGGUAUAUGUGACACUUUUAACAAAUCUAAGAAUCUUAUCGCACAUACUGAUGAUUCUGUAAUUAUUGCAAGAGAAACUAUAAAUCUUUGGAAUCAAUUUAAUCAGAAUCCUGAGGAUGCAAGAGGUAUAGGAAUUCAAAUUUCAAAACUUGAAUCAAAACUAAAACCCAGUGGUCCUACUCUAGAAACAUAUUUCAAUAAAAUGGAAGUAAAAAAUGUUCCUGCAUCAACUUCUUUGAACCAUAAUAAAUUGAGUAAUAACAGUACAUCAAAAAUACAAAAAGUAAAUAUCAGGGAAGUUACUAAUAAUGAACACGAAACAAAUAAUACUAAUACAAAAUCUGAUACAAUAAAAGAACAACAAAAGUUCUUAGAAAAACAGAUAUUAAAUAAAAUGAACAUGAACAGAUGUAGUUAUGAAAAUCCAAACAAACAAGAGAAACAAGAAACCAAGUUGGAAAACAUUGUUGCAACUAGGAAUAUCUCAGAGAAUAAACCUGUAGCGAAUUCAAGUUCAAAUACUUCAAGUCAACUUAAACAAAUGACUCACUUACAAUAUUUUAAACAAAAAAAACCAAAUAAUAAGGUUGGUAAAAUGAAGUUACCAGAUAUUAAAGAAAUUGAUUUGAAAGUACUGAUCGAAUUACCAGUAGAUAUAAGAAAUGAAAUAAUAGAUCAAUAUAAAGAAAAUAAUGAAAAUGAAAAUUCUGAUGAAAUUUUACAACAGGAAUCUACAAUUCAUGAUUCAAAACAAAAUGAAAAUGUUGAAUGUAAUAAUCCUAAUGAAACUUUAAUAAUUAAUAAGGAUAUUGGUUUUUCCCAAGUUGAUCCAGAAUACUUAGCAGCUUUACCAGAUGAUAUUAAAAAUGAAGUCAAAUCAUAUUGCGAUGCCAAAAAGAAAUCGAAACUACCAGUUAAAAAUGAAAAGCAAAACAUGGUUCUUAAAAGAUGGAAUAUAUUCAAACCAGAAAAAAAACCUCUAAAAAAUGCAAAAAGAAAAAUUAAUAAUAAAACUAAAAUGCAAGGAAAAGUUAAAAAAGAAACAAAAUUAAUUGUUGAAUCAUCCACGUCUAAAAUAUUAAAUAAAAAUGAAACAAAUGCGGAUAUACCUCAACAGGAAAGUCAAACUUCAAAGUCAACUUUAAAUGCAACUGUUUAUUUUGAUCCAUCAUAUGGAAUUAAAGAACAUAAUGAAAUAUUGACAGAUCUUGUACGAUGUCUACUUGAUUUACCAAUAGAAAAUGUAAGAAUGCAAAUAAAACAGUGGGUAAUUAGUAAUUCAGAAAUCAAUGAUGUGGAUUUUUUAUCUUUCACUACUUACCUAGGCACUUUACCAAAGAAAAAACGGCUUUCGGAUCUUCAUACUCUUCUAGAGUCAUUACACAUGUAUAUAUCAAAAUCGACUUUUUGCCAAUGGCAUAAGGCAUAUAAAAAAAUGGUGAAGCAUAUUCAAGUCCGAAUGUUAUCUGAAUAUGGUUAUCCUUUAAUGGUACCUACCUACAUUGACUGUAUGAAGUGCACUUAAUAUAAAUGUGAUAUUAGUAUUUAGUUUUUAUGAAUAAGUGAAAAUAUUUUUAAAAAAUUUUCUGUUCAAUUUCGAACAAUUUUCUAGAAUUAUCAAGGAUUUUUUUAAGGAAAAAGUUGCAAUACAUUGAAAA